AUGCCAGGACUCUCUCCUGAUCCUAUAUGGAAGAAACGUAAGAGGGAAGAUGAAGUUUCCCUCGCUCGUCCAACCUAUAUACCCUCCUUUCGAGUAGAGGAAUAUGACUGUCCACACCCUCUGCAAGACUCGAAUCUUCGACCGCGUUGCGCGCCUCGAAAACGCAGACACAUUGGACCCUACCUCCUCCCACAGCAAAUCCAACAACCCCAACAACCAUCCCACCUCUCGCCCAAUUUCUACACAACAGACCCUUAUUCGCCUCCUAUCUCUCCCAAAACCCUCGUUCCUCUGCAUUACCCACAAUCGGCAUCUCCAUCGGCCCUUCGUCCCUGCCACAUCUGCCAUCGACGGCCCACCACCCGACAAGUGCUCGAUGCUUACGCAGAUUGUGAUCUGUGUCACGAGCGGGCAUGUUUCAUUUGUCUCCGACAAUGCGACAGCCCCAGCUGCCAGAACCUGGCAGGCUCAAAUCACAACCACGCUGAUGUGGACGCAGCCGAAAACUCUAAGCGGAAGAUCUGCUCCUCCUGUGCCGUCGAAGACAUAACCCAGACUGGAGCGGAAAUUGUCCGCUGUUUGGAUUGUGUACGUGAAUGGGAUUCACAAUGGGCUCUUGAUGACAUGCAUCAAGAUUGA